AUGGCAUCAUCUGAAACUAUUGAAUCAUCAACUGAUGUUGUUAAGGAAAUAAAAGCAAUGGAUAUGAUAGAAAAAGAAAGGCAAACAUUAGGUGAUGAAGUUGAUAAUUGUUUAAGAAGUCUAAGAGGUACAAUGAGAGGUAUCAUUGAUUUAACAACAGAAGGAAUGGAAUUAUAUCAUUCUUGUAUUUCAAAAACAUGUGAUCAAGCAGAACAAGCUAUAAAACAUACCUUUUCUGUUAUGGCAAAAAGUGAAGAAUUAACAAAAAAUUUAAAAAAAAUUGAUGAAGUAUAUAAGCAAGUAAAAGAAUUAAGAGAAAUUACUGAUAAUGUUGCAAGAUCACUUAAAUGUUAA